CUGGCACCAAGCAAGAGCAGCAUUUAGAGAGUCUACACUGUGCGUACAGCCUGUGUGUGACAGUGACUUUAUAAGACAAUAUAUUAAAGUGAGUGUCUGCGUCUGUGUGUGUGUGUGUGUGUGUGUGUGUGUGUGUGUUGUGAGAGAGAGAGAGAGAGAGAGAGAGAGAGAGAGAGAGAGAGAGAGAGAGAAAUCCGCUGUGCGUCUAGAAAGGAUUUAAUAAGGUGGUCCCCCUGUCAGGCACCAAUUAAUUUAUCGGAGAGUAAAACAGUUAAAGGGUGGGAGGACAGUCAGUGGGGACUGUGGUGGCUCUGGAGAGCUGUCACUUUCUCUUUCUCUCUCUGUGUCUGUGUGUUUGUGUGUGUGUGUGUGUGGUGUGUGUGUGUGUGUGUGUGUGUGUGCAGAGAGGGAUUAUCAGUACGCACGUUACGCGGAGCGCAGUUUUGGUGAUGCAUUCAGUCUGGAGAAGUGCAGCGGGGAGCAACGAGCGUCAACGCGGACAUUCAGCGGCAUAAUCGGCGCAAAGAGGAUCCGGCUGGUUUUUACGGGGCACCUUCUCUUGCGCAUCAGGGGGCUUUCAACCUCAUUGUGUGUUUUCAUUUAUUUUGGAUGAAUCCCCCUGUGUUUGUGCACAGUGAAAGUCACAUUUGCGCACCGCUGAACAAAGGAUUUAGGGGAAAACGAUCAAGAAUCUCUUACACAUUUUAAUCCCGACAACACCCCCCCCACACACACACACACACACACACACCCCGGGUGUGUUUCGUCUCCCCCUUGUUUGGACCUGUCAGGACUCGGCAUUCAUGCCCUUUCUGCCCGUGAAGACAACGGACACGGGGCUGAAUAACCGGAUCCUCUAGUUUCCAACCUGGAGCAGGAGGAAUCAUCUGGGCUGAUCGCGUACAGGUCCAUGUGGAUGGAGAGAGAAUACGCAAACAGAGCGAGCGCAGCUGACUCCGAAAUGUGACAUUUUUUACUCUGGUCUCCCAUCGUACCUGACAACUGUGCAUCUGCCUUCGUCCUCGAUCGGAUUUGUUUACAUCGAUUAAGAGAUGGCGUUCCUCCCGGUCCUCCUCCUGCUGCUGCUGGCAGUUGCUCAUCGUGCCACUAGUCAAAUCUCGGAGGACUCUGAGGCUCUUCCAAGAGGCUGUGGCUGGGGCCUUGUGCGCCCCUACACUCUCCUCUGUGACCUGGACUCCAUAUGGGGUGUGGCUGUGGAGUCGGUGGCUGCUGGUGGGGCGCUGACUGCCAUCUUACUAGCCCUAGUCCUGCUGUGCCGUUUACACCACAUCAGUGAGGCUGAGAAGCGCAGCGGUGUGGGACCCAUCCUCCUGCUGCUACUGGGCAUCCUUGGCCUGUUCGGCCUGAGCUUUGCUUACCUGAUCGAGCAGGAUGAGUCUUUAUGUUUGCUCCGCAGAGCUCUGUGGGGUCUCCUGUUUGCAGUCUGCUUCUCCUGCUUGCUGGUGCAGGGCGUCCGCCUGCGCAGGCUUGGCCGCGAGCGCCGGAGCCCUGGAGGCUGCGCCCUAACAGGCCUUGCACUGGGUUUAAGUGCUGUGCAGGGCAUCAUCGCCGCUGAGUGGCUUCUUCUGACCGUGCUGAGGGAGGGACGAGCUGCCUGUCAGUACCUGCCACUGGACUUCUCACUAGCCUGCAGCUACGUGCUAGCCCUACUACUAGCCGCACUGACUGCCGCCUCCCUGGCCCUGUGUGGGAAGACACGUCAGUGGCGCUGCAAUGCCGUGUGGCUGCUGGUGACCUGCCUGCUGUCGCUGCUGCUGUGGGUGGCCUGGGUAGGCUUCUAUCUGUACGGCAACGCCUGGUUGGGGAGGUCCCCGGACUGGAAUGACCCGGCACUGGCCAUUGCUUUAGUGGCUCAGGGCUGGCUUCUCCUGAUCUUCCAUGCCAUUCCUGAAUCCCACAUCUGCCUGAGACCCCCUCCGCAGCCAACUGCCCCGGAUUACUUUGACACCUCCCAGAACUCGACACGCAUGAGGGAGACCAGCUUCGACGAAGACAUCCCUCUCUCUCAUAGGCAGUUUGUGGAGAACCAGGGCUACGGAUACAACGAUGAGAACACUGCAGGCUUGAGGAGCGGUAGCGGUGCUGGACAACAUAACAGUAACACCGCCGCCAGGCCCAGCGCUCCUUUCCGCAGCAACGUCUACCAGCCCACCGAAAUGACCAUGAUCCUGAACGGGGGAGCGGUGAGUACAUCCGCCCAGUCACAGGUGCCCUCUGCCCCUCCAACCUACACGGGGAGGCAGCUGUGGUGAGUGAGAGGAUUGGAAAGAAGAUGUGUGGUAGAAAAUGAAGAUGGAGAGGAUGGAGAGGGUGAGGAGGGAGGGAGGGAGGGAGAGAGGGGCCCGGAACAAGGGGCCCGCCUGGUUGAAUUGGACUGUGGACUGCCAACAGGACCCUUUUCACUCUGUGUACGGACUUAAACACUGACUGUGUGCCAAUCAACUAUUGUAUGAGUGUGUGUGAGACUGAGAGAAAGUAGGGUAUGGAGGACAGAGCUAAAGCUCUUCUAGCACACAAAUCUCUAUAGAAGGGUUGAAAAACUCGACCAGCAAGUAGGAAAACAAACACACGCUGACUCAGAUCUGAAAAUAUCAACAUGCAGUAUAUUUUUCUUUUUUGUUUCAUUUGCUCCCCUGAGACUACAGCACUGUAAGCAUCCUUGAAAACUGUGAAAUCUAUUGCUUUUUCCUGCUCUAUCUCUCUCUUUCCUGUCAGUCAGGAUGUCUUUUCUGCUGCUCCUCACAAUGCUGGCGCUCAAGUGGAAAACAUUUGGCUCUGUCCUCCAUCCAUCCACAGCGUAGGUGAAAGACAGAGCACAUGGGCAACUGUACAGCUCGAGCACCGCCCUCUUAAAAAGAAUCCAGCCUCUGUGGGUGUGUAUGUAGAGUAUAUGAGAGGGAAGAAAAAGUGCGUGUGUGUGUAUUCCCUACACCUCAACUCUGCCACUCCGACAAACCUACCCUCUUCAGACUGUUACCCCUCUGCUUCACCCGUGAACACGUCCUCCUUCCUCCCUCUCCAUCUCUGUUGCCGGGUUUGCAUUUCUCUGCACCGUCUGUGAAUAUAACACAUAACUCUUCUCACCUUGCCCCAUCCUCCCACCUGCAUGGACACUUGGCAAAAUGUGAAACAAACUGUGAAGCCUGAACUGAGGCCGGAAAAGACGUUCCCGGUGAUCGCACACGCAACAAAAGCAGCCUGAGCAGAGGGUCACAAGCUGCUAAUGAACUGCUGUUAUACACACACACACACACACACACACACACACACACACACACACACACACACACAUAUAUAUAUAUAUAUAUAUAUAUAUAUAUAUAUAUAUAUAUGAUUGCGUAGAGUGGAUUCUGAUUGGACGAGGAGGGCGUCAGUCAUCAGCAGGGAGGCACCGCUUCAUGAAUCUAGGUCAGACUACUGUGUGCUGCUCUCCCACAUCUCCGGUGGCCACUGGCGGUUUGAACCAGCCAGGAGAAACUGUCACUUUAUAUCAGCAGGAAACGGAGCGAGGAAAUGAAAUGGUCUCCUGUUCUUAGUUCCUCUAUCUGUGUUUUACGUGUGCGUACGUGAGUGUUGUGAUUUUAUGAGUGUUGGGAGUUGAAUUCAAAAUCAAGGUUGCUUUCUGGUGCUAAAUAUCCCUCCACAUGGCUUCCCAGUGAGGCACAGAACCACAGGAACAACACUGAUGCAGAUCAAACUGUGAGUGACAGACUAUAUAUAGAGCUGUGUGUGCUGGUGUGUGGAGAUAUCCUAGAGCCUCAGAAGGAUCGGAUUUACAGUGCAAGGUAGAAAGAGAAAGAUCAAAUGGAUAGGAAGAGCGAGGAGGAAGGAGAUAGCGAGAGGCGGUCCAAGGGGAGUGUAUGCGACAGUGAAAUCCCUGUGACUCCCCUGUGUGAGAAAAUGGCUCCCCGUCUGUGUGUUUGUUUGUAUGUGUGUUUGUGUGGCUGAUGUGGGGGUGGCCCAUGCUGCUCUGCUCUAUGUGGUUGUCAUCUUCAUUUGGUGAAGCAUCUCUCCCUCCUCCUCCUCCUCCUCCUCUUCAUCAUCCUACUCCUGUCUCUGUGUGGUGUGCUAUAGCUCAAGUCUCCGUGCCAAGAAGGACUCUUGUUUCACCGGAGUCUCCGUUUCACGCCCUUUCCCUUCAUCGUGACACCAGCUUUCUCUCUCUCUUCACCCGAGAAGCUGUGUACAUAGUAGUGCUGUAAAGCUUUGCUUGCUUUACUGUUUUUUUUUUUUUUUUAACUGUAGGCUGAGUUUAGACACCAGUGUCAUAUGACUGACUACUGCAAAUUGUUUUUAUCUGAGGAUUGUUUUUUUUAACUGGUUUGCUUUGUGUUCAUACAUUUGCUUGUUGUCGCAUUAUGAUUUUAUUUUUCUCUUGCUGGUGUCUUUUUAUUUUCUAAACUAGCAUUUUGGAACUGUUUUGCCAACACUAGAUAUGCUUUUAUUAUUUUUUUUGUUUGAUUAAUGUUCAAGGAAAUUAUAAGAGUUGUCAUUUAUAGGGAUUUGUGUCAGUUGUACCUCCUGCACACCACUCUUUGCUGUAACAGUUACGGGGAUACAAACAUUAUUUUUUCAGAAAAAUGACAAUGGCUGUGAAUAACUUUUGGCACUUCAUGCAGUAAACAAUAAUCAAUAUGUUAUACUUUAGGAGUCAUUAUAAAAACUGAGCAGGUAGGGCUGAAAAAACUCAAACUUCAAGCCCACCAACAGCUAUUUUGUUGACCCCCUGGUCUUAUAGAAACCCUUGACUAGGAAAAGAACAAGGGUCAACCCUUGACUGCUGUUAUUAUGUUUAUGUCUUACCCACUGGCUAUUCUAAAAUAAGACUGGUACCAGCAGGCCAGCUCCAUGCCCAAAGAGAGCGUGUCCUGCUAUGUCAGGCUCUGUUUGGGCCUGAUCAGAAACAGGCUGUGGGACCAAAAUCUGUGCUUCGUAGCCCACCAAGAAGAACUGUCCUCAGGGUUUUGGAUGGUCAACAGUAACGAGACAAAGUCCUGUGAGUCUCAGCACUCAGAGCGGAGGGGGGAGGUUUCAGUUAUUGUGAUGAAUUCACUCAAUGUGGAACACACAAAAAAAAAAGAAUAAUAAUAACGUGACUUUGUAGAUUUUGCACUUGUCGACUACCUAUCUGUGCAUGCUUAUCACCAUUUCUACAUGUAAGACCUUUCUCAGAUGUACUUUUGAAUACUAACUCUAUUUAUGUAAGGGUCAUGUGACAGCAAUCAUAAUUUCAGUGUAUAUCAGAUGACACACUUAAUGUCUGUGCUUUCUUAAACACAAAAGAGAGCUGGCUCUUGAGAAGCAAAGAGAUUAAAGUCGGGGGGGGGAAUGGUCCAAAAUAGUAAGAGUCCCCAAAAAGGAACACAAUGCCAUCAUCACUGGACCUAAUAAUAACUUUCCUCUGUUAGUUUGAAGACUGGAGGGGGAAAAAAAGAGAAAUCUUCUGACUGAUAUUGUCUCUGUGUUUAAAAUCAAAAUAGACUGUGGUGAAAUUUGCACAAAACCUCUAUAUGUUAAGUUUGUCAUCCCUGGGCAGCCCACUGAACACCCUUCCUCCUUGGGUUUGACAUGUCCUUGCCUGUCCUCUCCUGAUUUGUCUUGCCUUCAGACUGUUCCAGUGGGGCAGCUGACAGGGGUGAUAUUGGUUUUCACAGCUGUGACUGUGCAGUGACGCAGCAUGCCUAUGUAUAGAACUUUAUUCCCCUGAUUAGAAAAAGAAAAAAAACAGUUAACUCUCUUGUUUCUGUAACUGAAUCAGGAAAAAAAAAAAGUUCAAUAAAAGUGUCAUGUUUGUAGUUAA